AUGACGACAUCCAAGUAUACGGCCGAGGCACCAUCACAAAUACAGCGUGCACUCUCAUUUCGUGCUGUACCAGACGAGGGCGGAGAUACGUACACCAAUGCAGAACCUCUAUGGCAUCCGAUAUGGGGGCGUGGCAUUUUCGGCGGCGCCAUCAUUGCUCAGUCCCUUGCCAUUGCUCAAGAUACUGUGCCAUCUACAUGUUUAGUGCACAGCAUGCACUGCCAUUUCAUACGCCCAGGCAGCAGCGCGGUUUCUGUUCUAUACAAUGUCGAACGUGUCCGAGAUGGCAGAAAUAUCGCGACCCGACGAGUCCAAGCAAACCAGUCAGGGAAGUGUGUAUUUACGGCGACGAUUAGUUUCAUGCACGAGACCUCGUCGGGCACAAAAAAGAUGUUCAAGCAUCAACUGCCAAUGCCAAAUGAGGCGGAAACUUUCCCUCCUCCUACGAGAUAUGGGCAAGACGUGGAUGUGAGGCUGUUGGCGAAGGCUGGUCAAACAGAUAAUGGCAGCCUAUUCGAGUGCGUCAGGUUCCCGCCCGUUCAUCAAGAACAGCGGCCAGAACUGCGACGACUGUUGCAUUGGAUAAGAAUAGGCGGGGCUAUUGACAGUGAGGUUCCAUAUACUAAUGGGGGCAUGGAGAGCAACGGAAGCCAAGAGCCAAACCAUAAGAUGCACCUUGCUGCCUUGGCCUAUAUGAGCGACAGUUAUUUCAUCGGCACGGUUUCUCGAGUCCAUCGAGCCAAUCGCUUCAACAAUACUAACGCUGUUAAUCGAAUAAUCGGCUCAUCGAAUGCUGAUGAGCCGUCAAGGAGUCAGAUAAUGCGCAGUUUUAAGGAUCUUGCAGCCGAAGAGGCAAACGAGAUAUCUACCUCGACAGCAACAACCGAGGAAGAGCGCGACAAUGUUGAGAUGAUGGUCAGUCUGGAUCACACAAUAUUCUUUCAUAACCAACGACACUUGAAAGCAGAUCAAUGGAUGCUAUCAGAGAUGGAAACUCCAUGGGCGGGCGAUGAGCGAGGUAUUGUGGUACAGAGAAUCUGGACCAGCGAGGGCGUUCUGGUGGCGACAUGUUUCCAAGAAGGCCUCAUCCGAUUGUUGCAGGACCAACCGCAAAGUAAAAUAUAG